ACGCACGCUGACGAAAGUUUCUACCCAUAUAUCCAUAUCGCUACAUCAACUGGGAAGUGCACUGCUCGGCCAUGGCACUGACCGCACGGUAGCGCAAAUAUUAAAGGUAAUAAUGACUCCCCUCGGAGGUAGCUGCACGUCAACAGCUGGACUUUCCUGAUGUGUAUCGACAUCGCAGGUCGAUCAGUUAUUAACUAAGAUACGGAGUGAACAUGGCUGCGCCCACAGCACCGAGGGGAUCCUCAGCGUCCAGCCCGCCCGGGUUUGAAGGUUUUCCGUUUCCACUGGCCGGCAAAGCACCGGAGGACAGUGCCGGGAAGGAGCAGGAGCAGACCGGGGAGGCGAAGAAGAAGCCAUGCAGGGCUUGUACUGACUUUAAAUCGUGGAUGAAGCUUCAGAAGAAAGAAACGACAGCUGCUACACAGGAGAGUCGUGCUGCUGAAUCACAGCCAGAACAAGACCCACAGUGUCCACUGGACAGGGAGGAGCUGGGAAGCAACACUUGGUCCUUUCUGCACACCAUGGCAGCAUACUACCCGGAUCGUCCAUCUUCCACCCAGCAGCAGGAGAUGGGACAGUUCAUCAACCUUUUCUCCAAGUUCUACCCCUGUGAUGAAUGUGCAGAAGAUCUCAGGGGCAGGUUGAAAACCAAUCAGCCGGACACCAGCAGCCGUCACGCUCUGUCUCAGUGGUUCUGUCGUCUUCAUAAUGGUGUCAACAUCCGGCUGGGAAAGCCCGAGUUUGACUGCUCACGUGUGGACGAGAGGUGGAAAGAUGGAUGGAAAGACGGUUCCUGUGACUGAGUGAUUGUAUCUGAGUGCUGAGAGACAUGUGGACAGAGCUGAGAGGAAAAAAGUCCUCCAAAACACCUGAGUGAAGAAAACUGGACGAUGCAUCUCAAAUAGUUUGUCUUGUUUUGUGCUGUAGGAAUGGUACAAGAUGUGUAACUAAUCUGGCAAUAAAAUUAAGGAUACAGAGCAAAUGGAAGUGUUUUUCUUUGUUUCUCAGGUUAAGACAAAGAAAAAGUUACACGAAAGCUGUUGUUAAUUCUGAUAAUUGGGGACUUUAAAGGUGUUUUUUAAACUCAAACUUGCAUUUUUGGUUUAAAAUCCUCUCCUUGCCUUUUUGUUUUUUGGUGCAUUUCUGUAUUUGACUGUUUCUUUAGUCUGCUGUUAUAACUUGUGUGGUAAAGCCCAGAAUCUACUACAUAAAAAUACAAUAUCACCAUCGUAAAUGAGGGAAAAAUGUUUCUCAUGUGAUUAUGUCAGUGAUGAGUUAAAACUAUCACUUAUAAAACACUAUGUUAGAGACAUAUAUAUAUUUAUACGCAGAAUGUUUUUCAUUCUAAUACCUUUGUCCAUUUGAGUGGGUUGUGUGGUGGUUUACCUGCUGAGUAUGUUAAUUUAUUUGCAUAAUUUAGUCAUGAAAGUAUGUAAUUUUCUAAGUGCAGCCAUGACUUUUUGAUCCUUUAGGUCAUUAAGUUAUAAAAUACAAAUGUUUUGAUGAUUACAGCUUCUCACAAAUGAACAGUUUCAAGUGUUUUGGCUGUUGGUUUGACAAUAAAAGCAUUUUUGAAGAAACA